CAAGUGGUUAAAUGUGCUGAGAAUAAUUAAUGAGCCCACAGCUGCUGCCAUUGCUUACGGCUUGGAUAAAGGAAGCCGAAGUGAACGCAACAUACUGAUCUUUGACCUGGGAGGUGGUACAUUUGAUGUCUCCAUCCUCACUAUUGAUGAUGCAGUCUUUGAGGUGAAGUCCACAGCGGGUGACACUCAUCUGGGUGGAGAAGACUUUGACAACCGUAUGGUUAACCACUUUGUGGAGGAAUUCAAGCACAAGAAGGACAUCAGCCAGAAUAAGAGAGCUCUGAGGAGGCUCAGAACAGCUUGUGAGAGAGCCAAGCGCACCCUGUCCUCCAGCACCCAGGCCAGCAUUGAGAUUGACUCUCUGUAUGAGGGCAUUGACUUCUACACUUCCAUCACCAGGGCCCGCUUUGAGGAACUCUGUUCAGACCUCUUCAGGGGAACCCUUGACCCUGUUGAAAAGGCCCUGAGAGAUGCCAAGAUGGACAAGUCUCAGAUUCAUGACAUUGUGCUAGUCGGAGGCUCUACACGUAUUCCUAAGGUGCAGAAACUCAUUCAAGACUUCAACGGGAAGGAGUUAAACAAGAGCUGUCGCCUAUGGAGCUGCUUACAUAUCAUUUAA